CGACGAUACGAGCAAAGUUUUUCAAGCUUUGCAAGGGGACGAAGACGGUGCGCUUUCGUUUGAUUAUUAUUUCUGCCACAUCGCGUGCCUAUGUGUGUGUGGAUGUGUGUAUGUAUGUUCAAUAACAAAUCGAAAAAGUAAACAUCUAACAAUUAUAGGCGUGUGUGGUCUUGUGCGGUUCUGUGAAUUAAGACUUGUCGAGUAGAAGGUUGUGAGGAUUAGAACACGAAACUAAUGCCUUCGUGUUCAAAUAGCAAUUAAGAAUAACAGCACGACAAUCUCAUACGGUGUGUCUUGAACAAAACACUCGAAGAGGGCCAUCGUCACGACCCUUAGCUAGCCAAAUUUAAAUGUGAACAGCUGUGAGCGAAUUGAGCAAUAUCCGAUACACGACGUAUCCUAUAUUUCACGUUUCUGAUUGUGAUAGGCAUUGCCUCGUGGAUUGUGUGAGAAUUAUUUCUGUGGAUCGAACAAUUUAAACACCUGAUUCUAUUGAAAACCAACGAAGUCAACGUACAGGUAACAUUCCUUGCAAGUAACUAUCAGAAUGGAGGGUUUCGAAUCUGGAAGCAUCGUCAAUAUAAUGCGCAGCGAUGGGCGGGUUCAUUCAGCGAUGGUUUCCCGAGUGCAUGAGAGCACUCGUUCCGUCACUGUUGAAUGGUACGAGCGCGGCGAAACCAAGGGCAAAGAAAUCGAUUUCGAGACGUUGCUGGAACUAAACCAGACCAUGCACUCAACCCAGUCAGAUGUAUCUGCAGCACCAUCAGCAGCACCAAUUGAUGGCAAGAAGGUAAUGCCAAAAGAGCAGCCUACGCCCGGUCCGGUAGCACGUCAAUCAAGUUCAUUUGAAGAAGAAGAGGAUAUACAGCCCGAGCAAACGAACUCUACGCAAGCUGUGAUCCGUUUUCAGAACCUAAAGGCUAGCAUGGCAUCGAACAACGUGCAGCAGCAUAACACAAACCGAGCAACGAUUAGUCACAUCAGCAGUCGAGCGGACGUACAAGGAGUAGGUCCUGUCGCUAGCCGCAACGAUAUUCAUCGAAAUGAUCGACUGACGAUUGUACAUGGUAAAAAAGAAACAGAACCGCCUAUUGAGAGUAAGACACAAUCAAAGGUAGGCGUAAAGACUAACGCACGUGUCAUGCAGGUGGCGGUGCAACAACAGCAACAGGCUCCUGCGCAAAAUAAUGUUGCCUUGAAUACGACUGUUGCCGGAUCAAUUCCUAGACGAUCAUCGUGCGUAGUGACUGUCGGCUUGAUGGAGGAGAAUCGUAUCAAACAGCGUGACAAAUUCAAGGUGUUGCGUGAGAAGAAAAAUGCUUUGAUGAACCAGGACGGUGGUAAUCCUAAUUGGGAAUUUGCGAACAUGAUUCGCGAGUACCAAAACACGCUUGACUUUCGACCUCUAACGGACGGACAACCGGUAGAGAAUCAUCAGAUUACGGUGUGCGUCCGAAAGCGUCCGCUAAGUCAGAAGGAGCUGGCGCGCAAAGAAAUCGACGUGAUUUGCGUGCCGAACCAAAACACAUUAAUUGUACACGAACCCAAAACAAAAGUCGAUUUGACUAAGUAUCUCGAUAAUCAGAAGUACCGAUUCGAUUACAUUUUUGAUGAAACAUGCGCCAACGAAAUGGUUUACAACUACACGGCCAAGCCUUUGGUGCAGUCCGUGUUUGAAGGGGGUAUGGCCACCUGUUUCGCUUAUGGUCAGACAGGUUCCGGAAAGACGCACACCAUGGGUGGAAAUUUCACUGGCAAGACGCAGGAUAGCAAGAGUGGCAUCUAUGCUCUGGCAGCGAAGGACGUUUUUGAAUAUUUGCACAGCCCACAGUAUAGUCACAAAAAUUUAGCAGUUUCGGCUAGCUUUUUCGAGAUUUACAGUGGGAAGGUUUUUGAUUUACUGUCGAACAAACGCAAAAUUCGUGUUCUGGAAGAUGGCAAACGGCAAGUUCAACUAAUCGGUUUAAUGGAAAAGGAAGUACAUUCGGUGGACGAUGUUCUCGCUGUUAUUAGCGCAGGGAACAGUGUACGAACGUCUGGCCAAACGGCGGCCAAUGCGAAUUCUUCCCGUUCGCAUGCCAUUUUCUCGCUGACGUUACGUGCCCGCGGUUCUACUAAGACCGACGGCAAGUUUUCUUUCAUCGAUCUGGCGGGCAACGAGCGGGGCGCAGACACCUCGUCCGAGGACCCGCGGACCCGCUCGGAGAGUUCCGACAUUAACAAAUCUCUGCUCGCUCUAAAGGAGUGUAUCCGGGCGCUAGGUCGUCAGAGUCACUUACCAUUCCGUGGUAGCACCCUAACGCUUGUACUGCGUGAUUCAUUUGUCGGUGAGAACACUAAAACAUGCAUGAUAGCGAUGAUCGCGCCUGGGAUGACUUCCUGCGAACAUACGCUAAAUACGCUUCGGUAUGCACACCGUGCCAAGGAACUUGUGGCACUCGAUCCGUCCAACUGUCCAGAGGGUGUCGAAUUAAGCGAGAACGACGAACAUAUGAAUGGUGGUGGUUUGACGAACCGGAAUGAUCUAGCACUAGUACGGGCGCUGAACGAACAUGAAAUGUCAGUGGAAAUGUAUAACCACCAUACGGCCAUAUCGGAGUUACAGCAAAAGGAAGAGGAGGUUGUGGACAGUCAUCAGCGGAUACACGAGUUGCUUGAGAAAUGCUUCAACGAAUCCAGGGAACUCCUAAAUCUAACUAAUACUGUAGACUAUGAUCAACAUGCUUAUGGAAAACGUGGGAAGGAACUUUUUACCUUGCUUGCGGAAAAUAUGGAAAUUAUAAUGAUGAAAAAUCUAAUGUCUGAAUUCGAGGCUAAGCUAAAACAGGAGGAAAUAGUGUCGAGGGCUAACAAAUCAAACCGUCACCAGAAAUAGUAACCCCUUCGAUGAAAGGAUUCUUAUUUUUUUUAUUUCUGUUUCUUUGUAUUACAUUUUUUAUUGUUUUAAUUUUGUAUGCUGCAUUUGCGUUGAUCGCACAUAAUUGAAUUUAUAUUUCAAAAAUAAAAUACAUGGAAAGUACUUAUUUUCUAAUUCGCAUUUUUAUUUUCAACUGUUAGAACCGACAGAGCCGUAUUCAGCAACUUUUGCAUUUAAUUUGAUGCACUUUCAGAGUUCGAACUGUAGCUUUCGGCACCUAUGUAAAGCGUCGAUAAAUCGGCAGAGCGUAGCCAGAUGAUUUGACCUGAACCGACAACACUUAUUUUCAUUUAGUCGAUCACACAAGCGGUGCUAUGCGAGGUCUGAUCAAAAUUUUUCGCGACAUUUGAAUUUCUGCGGGCUACGUAUAUCCGAUUUUCUCGAUGUUGCUACACAUGUCAGUGGCUUAUGGUGAAAAGUUCGACCAUUUUGAGUGAUCAGACAAUUUUUGAUAGCUGUUUAGCUUGGUCGUGCCUUGGUUCAUCGUUGCGUAUCGUCGUUCUUUCAUGCUCCCCUUCAAUUUCCGGAAAAAG